AAGUGGGCGUAGCUGAGCAGACACCAGCUAGGGAUGGCUGCAAGUAGAAAAGUGGACCACACGGGGAUGCCGGCCCCCGCCAAGGAGGCAAAGCCUGUACACACGGUGCGUUUCCAGGAAGGCAUCGAGGAUCAUUUGGAGGCUAAGGCGAGAGGUGACCGCUCUCGACUUUACUUCAAAGACGGCAAGCCGUAUGUCCACCCACCACGCAAGCUGCUGGAAGGCACUGCUGUCUACCGUUGCAAGAUCUUGGGAUCCAUGAUAGUGGCACAGUCGCAGGGAACGAACCUCAUCCGAGAAGUUGUGGACCGUCUGCAGCUAGUUGGUGAAGCACGGAAAGGAGCAGUGGCCAAGAAGGUGGUUGAUCUUGGCAUCAACACUCGCUCCCUCUACAUCAAAGACGUCGGGAGAAAAGUGAUUCUAACCCACCACCCCCUUCACCAAAUAUCCUAUUGUGCCGCAGACCGUCGCUAUGACAACGUAUUUGCCUACAUCAUCAAGCACACCAAGAAAGACAAGCCCACCAUCUGCUACGUCUAUGAGACCAUGGACGCCGAGGCGUCUGAAAUAGCAGCGACUGUUGGUCAAGCUUUCCAAUUGGCUUACAACCGUUUCGAAGAUGCCAAGGCAGCUCAACUGGGGUUCAAGGACAUGAAGGAUAAGCUGAUAUCAGACCUGGACAAGUUGGAAUUCUCCAAGCAAGUCACCGAGCUCCAAAAACAAGUGCAGGAGAUGGAGGCAGAGGCUGAUGCAAAGGACAGACCUCCCAAAGACGAGACGACAGAGAAGUUCCCUGAGGUUGAGCCAAAGUGGGACAGCAUCACCAAUGCCCUGGACCCGUACAACACCAAGCCGAGUCUGGACCCCGACAGCCAGUACAUGGUACCGAGACCUGAGACUGCGGAACUGGACGGAGUCAUCCAGAACAUAGAGGAACAGUUGGGAGAACUGCAGGAGGCGUUCUCAGACCAGUGGUUCUUGCUGGAGAGACUGACAGCGAGAGAGAGGGAGGCUGGACUGGCCAAGAAUGUUAUGGAAACCAUCGACAGCCAAGUCAAGGACAUGCUGGCUGAUGCUGAGAAACUUCCGGAGCACUACCAGACCAGAGCCUUCCAGAGGGCAAAGGAGAAAGCUUCACUGCCUGAGAUUGGGCUGGUCAAGAACAAGACCAGCCAGUGGGAAAAAAAGACAAAGAAGAAAUGAAAACCAUAAACCGACCAUUUGCGCCGUAAAGCAACUGCUGUGUUUCUGCAUUGUUUCUGUGAAGUAUUAUUAUAACAACUGAAAGGUGAACUGUACAUUGCAAUGUGAUGUUGAUUGUUGCUUGAUAAAAGUAUGUGAGUAUAAUUACAUCAGACUGUAGUCUCUUCAAAGUUUAACCCCAUGGUGACCGAGGAGUUUAACCCCAUAGUGACAGAGGUGCUACCAUCACUACUACCACCAUCAUCGUCCCCGACUGGACCACCAGGGGCAGUGUAGCUCCAUCGACUGUCAUAAGGAGGAGGUCUCGAAUCAGUCGUUCCAAUUGUAUCAGUCGUGGACUCUAGAGCCUCACUGACUCUAAACUGCUCCAGGUUGCCGGGGACAACCGGUGGGUGUGGGAAGGAAUGUAAGGGGGUGUGGUCACUGGCUAGGGAAGACGGUCCUCCGUCGACGAGCUCCUUGAGGCGAAGGAUGAUGUUACUGGCGGAGAGUCUGGCCUCAGGGUCUUCGUCCCAGCAUUCUUCAAUGGUGAUCACCAGAGAAUCGAGACCCUGGUAUAUACAAUAACAUAGGAAGACAGUUUGACCGAGUGAAGUACACUGAGUACAUAACAAAAGCCUUUGGGAAGAACUAUGCCUAAGAGUGUGAUUGCAUUAUGUCCCAAAGUAUUGGUGAAAAAACCGCACGAACAGCAAAGAUUUUCGGAAAGUGUGUCUCCCUACAAACUGCCACUAAUAUGGUAUUCAGGUGAGUGACUGUGCAGUGGUAUCGUACUGACAGGGUGGUUUCUCCAAGCAGGCAGGAUGCGAGGUCGUGUCUUCUGAGUGCAGACAAGGUCCCUCAUGGCAUCGAUGCCAGGUCUCUGGCCCACUCUGUCUUCAUAGGCCAUCUGGUAACCCCUCGGACUCUCCUCUAUAAUAGAUAUAAUAUACACACUCAGUCCUCUCUCACUUAACACUGAAACACCAAUUACAAUGAGACCUCUGAGUAGAGAAAGUGUUUUCUGCUUAGUAAGUUGGUCAGCAAAGCAAGUAUGUAGCAGAACAAUAAUGUAUUAGUAUGUAGCAGAACAAUAAUGUAUUAGUAUGUAGCAGAACAAUAAUGUAUUGGUAUGGAGCAGAACAAUAAUGUA